UAAACACCAGGAGCCUAGAGCAGGAGAGAUGGAGCCCCAGCUCCUGGUCCCCUCUCCCACCCCUCCUCCCCCCAAGGCCGUCUAAGAUGUCACCUUCCACCUAAACAUCAUCUCCCUAGUUUUAGUUCUUAACUCUGGUGUCUGACUUCUGUUUGGUUCCACAUUUCCCAUCCAUUUGCACAGAGGACCGUCACCUGCCUGGAAUCUCUAAGGUUUUCUGCUUUCCUUGUGCUCUGAUGGCCACCUCUGCUAAAUCAGCUAAGAUGCCCACCCUCUCUGAAACCCUUAAGCCUACUCCCGAUCUCCAUCAAGAAUCUUUGGACCCUAGGAUUAUGGUUGCCUUAUUUGAAAUCGGAUUACUUCCCCCUUCCACCUGGGGCUCUCUCCCUUCCCUAAAGAAUAGUAGCCAUCAAGUAACAGAACAACAGACUGAACAGAAGUUUCAAAAUCUCUUAAAAGAAAUUAAAGAUAUUCUUAAAGAUGUGGCAGAUUUUGAAGAGAUCACAGAAGCAAAGGAACUUUGUGAGGAAAGCAAUAUUUCCAAGGAUAUGUCAGAACUUAAAGACAAAAUCAGAGGACUUGAUGAAAUAAAUAAAAUGCUAUUGAAAAACCUUCUUGUUAGUUUAGACCCAGAGAAAGAACAAAAUACAAAGAAACAGGAGGUGAUAGUGGAAACCCAGAACUCCAAGAGCACGGUACAAGAUUUUGCAAGGGAUUUGGAAAAUCAUUCAGAAGAAAGAAAAGCCCUUCAUGAAAUUCCACCAAGUAACGAAAAAGCAAAAUGCAGAUUCCUUAAUGUUCAAGAAGAAAAUCAGAAACUUAGGAACAACAUGGAGCAAUUACUACAGGAAGUGGAACGCUGGAGUGAACAACACACCGAGCUCAGUGAACUGAUAAAAUCAUAUCAGAAAUCUCAGAAAGACAUAAAAGAAUCUCUUGGGGUCUGUUUCCAAGCCCAACCAAAUAACGAAGCGUCAGUUCAGCACAGGCUGGAGGAACAAGUGAGGAAAUUGAGCCAUGACACCCGCUCACUGCACCUGCUUGCGGCUUCGCUGGAGAACCAAUGCCAAAUCCUACAGCAGAGGGUGGAGGUUCUCAAGGAGCUGCAGCAUCAGAAAGCGGGAACUCUGCAAGGCAAGGCAAUUCAGAUCAACUGUAAACAGGACAAGAAAGAUCAGAAGCCAUCAGAAACAGGGAAAGCAGAAACUUAUAAGCAGAACAUGCAAGAAAUGGAGGGUAUAUUUCAGAAAAAAGACAGAUUCUAUAGAAGCCUGGAUGUUUGUCGUAAUAAGAAAGCUCGAAAUAACCGGUUCAAUACUCGUAUUGCAAGAGGUCUUCUGGGAAUAAAGAGGCCAACCAGCAGCCUAAGAUAG